AUGGAAAUGGAAGAUGGUGUACCACGUAGACAGCCGCUUUUUCGUACCCAAUCAGCACAACAAGUGCAUAAAUUAGUAAAAAAGCCUACAGGGAAAGAAACUCGAUCGUCGCAAAGUUGUAUCACUAGUCGAUCAUAUGAUGAUUUGAAUAUCAAUAAAGCUAAAUCAUUAGUUGAUCUUGCUGCGCCAGCCUAUAAUUCAACAAUGAAAAUAAUUGAUCAAAUGGAGAAUUUAAAAUUUGAACAAUUUGAUCCUGUUUUAACAGUAACACAUAUUGACCAUGUAAAUGAACAGGCAAAUAAAAAAUUAAAUUAUUCAAAUGAACGGAUUUAUAAGGGUCUUAUUGAUCUUGAACCAAAUACUGAAGAAAUUAUUGCAGCAGCUGAACAACAAGAAUUACAAAAACGAAAACAAGCAGCAAAAUUUCUAGAAGAAUAUCAAGCAUUACAGAGAAAACGUAUUAAACCUGAUAUCAUGGAAUUAUUUGAUGAAACAACAAUGAUUAAACAAACAACACGUAUUAAUUUAAAACCAUUAAAACCAAUUAAAAUGAAACCCAAACAAGCUACGGCAUUCUCAAUGAAUAGUCUCAAUCAAGCACAAACAUUGUGGAAGAUAUAG